CUGCUACUGACACCUCAUCACAAAACUUGGUUUAUGAUAUAGAGCCAUAAUGAACAAACACAUAGGCACAGAGUUAAUACUAGUGGCUUAUAUAGUAUGUAUAGGAAUUUUCCUAUCGCAGCCACUUCCUGCUCAAGCAAACAUGGACCAAGCUGAACAACAGCAGGGAAAUGCAGGACAUGGACAUCAGGGAGAUGAACAUGGGGGAAAUCUGAAAUUUCACGAUAAAAAUCAUAUAAGAGAUAAAGAGCAUAUCAAGGAGCAUUUAGAUGGCGUCUCCGGCAAAGAUACAGCUGACAUGUCAGAGGAUGAACUCCAGUUCCAUUACUUUAAACUACACGAUUACGACAAUAAUAACAAACUAGAUGGUUUAGAGCUUAUAAAUGCAAUGACACAUUAUCAUAAAGGGGAUGAGCCACAUGUUCAUGAUGACCAUCCCAGGAUGCCAGAUGAUCAGCUCAUUACUCUUGUAGAAUCAGUGCUGCAACAGGACGACUUUAACAAUGAUGGCUAUGUAGAUUACACAGAGUUUAUGAUGGUUCAGCAACGCAACAAACAGGCUAACCCACCUCAACCUCAUUCCUAA